UUCUUCAAAAAAGACAUUGAAGGCCCCCACCUAUACGGCAGCCUCAGAGGCCUGGACAUUUAAUCACAGACGAUAUGAAUUUAACCAGGAAUUGGUGGUGCGAGUAGGGGAAAGAAGCUUAGAUCGCAACAUGGCAAGGAUAGCGUUGCCCAUGCUCUCCAAAACAGGGGCCUCCCCAAUAGCUCACUCCAUUCGAACCUGCCAAGUGCCUCAAUCAAAACCCAAGUCCCCACGCAAUAUCACAGUAAAAUCCGGAUCUGGACUUACCAAAGACUUCGAUCUGAAAGAGUACAGCAAACCCCUCAUCGAAAGCGUAAACAGGGAGCUCCACAGCCUAAUUCCCCUAAGCAAUGACAGGAUCGAAGAAGCCAUGAGAUACUCUGUGAUAGGAGGAGGUGGCAAGAGAUCAUGCCCCCUCAUGUGCAUAGCGGCGUGCGAGGCGGUGGGAGGGCAGCGAGAAGAGGCCCUGCCGGUUGCCUGCGCGCUGGAAAUGAUCUACGCCGCCUCACUCAUCCUGGACGACCUCCCCUGCAUGGACGACGACUCUCUGCGCCGCGGCCGCCCCUCCACCCACGCCGUCUUCGGCCCAGGCGCCGCCAUUCGAGCCAGCGACGCCCUCUGCGCCCUCGCCUUCCACCACAUCGCCCGCCCCUGUGCCGCCCUCCGUCCCGAGAGAGCGCUCAAAGUAGUCUACGAGCUCGCAAAGGCAGGGGGCUCCACGGGCAUGGUGGGGGGCCAAUACAUGGAAUUGGCCAGUGCGGGGACUCCUUUUAUUGACCCUGCCUUGGUGGAGUACAUUCACCUCAACAAAUUGGCGCUCAUGGCGGAGAUUUCGUUGGUGAGUGGAGGGAUCGUUGGCGGGGGGUCGGAUGAGGAGGUGCAGAGGCUGAGGGCUUAUGGGCGUGCUGUUGGUCUGGCUUAUCAGAUCGUUGAUGAUAUGCUUGACCAGGGGAGAACUACUGAGGAGCUCGGUAAAACAGCUGGGAAAGACAAAAUCGUGGGGAAAGCUACUUAUCUUGAGCUCUACGGGAUGGAGAGGUGUCGGGAGAUUGUGGUUGAACUUGUGCAGAGAGCCCAACGCUACAUUUCCCAGUUUGAUCCCUUACAUGCGCUGCCUCUGGUUAGUUUUGCACAGUUUGUUGUUUCCAGAAACUUCGACAGCAUCACUGGGUAGGGUUUCGAUUUUGUUCUGUUCUUCGUGGUGAAUGAAAUUUUGAUGAAGUGGCGUUUGGAUUUUGUUGUCUUCUUAUCUGCUGCUAGAAGGAGAGAAAACGUUUCGAUAUAAAAAAAUUAUGGUGUUUGCUUAGAAAUUUUGGGCUAGGGGGUUGAGUUACGGCUCAUAAUUCAAUUCCCGUUUAUUGGAAAUUAUUAAUUAAAAAGUCUUUUAAAAAAAAUUAUGGUGUGCGUUUGGAAAUGUUCAGCUAGGGGGUUGAGUUACGGCUCAUAAUUUAAUUAUCGUUUAUUAGAAAUUAUUAAUUAAAA